AAUGAUUAAAUUAUUUGCAUAGAAGUUCAUCCAAUUACAAAUAUAACCUCUAUAUGAAUUCAAUAGAUUUGCAGAUAAAUUAUAAAAGAAACAAUAAGACAAUUAAAAAUAAGAAUUCAAAAAGGAAUUAGAAUUCUUAGCUAGCAAAGUAUAUUAAUAAUAGCAUAUAGCCACAAUUUACACUAAUUGAUUUUAGACAAAGAGCACUUGAUGGAUUGCACAAAUUAAAAAAGGGAUUCAAGUAUUAAAUUUCUUCAGGGAAUGAAGAGACUGAAUAACAAUUGACACUAUAAAGAUAAGUCUUAAAUGCUAUGUUUGAUGAAGAAUUGUUGAAUCCAGAUGAUUUGACUGGAGAUGUAUAUAUGGUAUACUAAUAAUAAGUAAAAAAAAGAAAUAGCUAUGGUUGCAUAAGUGGAAGUACAAUAAGUCAAUUUUGUAUUGAGUCAAUAUGGUUAGAUAAGGAAUAUGCAUUCAUGGGUAAGAGAUAUGAAAGAGAGAGGAGAACCUAUGCCUGAUAAUUAAGAAGAUAUGAUGUAUAGAUAUAAGAGAGAUAAACCAAUAAAGAAAUCAUUUAUUAAAUUUGAAAUGAAGAGAUAAAAUUUCUCUAUGAAAUAAAGAUUAUAAAAAUUGAAAUGGGGUCCUCGUAAAGAAGUUUGAUA